AUGGAUGAUACAUCUGAAAACGUAGAUGAAUGCGCCAUUUGUAAUGAAGAAUCAACAAAAUUAUAUCAAUGUUGUCCAAAUAAAUCUGAUAGCUGUUGUGAAACAUGCUGGUCUAAAUUUAUUUCAUCAGCGAUUGAUACCGGCAAAGUUGCUUCGUUAUUAACUGGUAAACUGACAUGUCAUUACUGUCAUGAACCAAUUGAUCGUAAUAGUCUUCCAGAAAAAAUUCAAACUCGUGUUAAUAAUAUUCUCUUAACAAUACCGAAAACAAAAAAUCCAAAAGCGAUCGAGGAUUUUAAUUAUUCGUAUAAUAACUCAAAUGAAUUACGAAAUUGUUUAACAAAUGAAAAAUUUAUUUUUCUUACACAACGUUAUUAUAAUUUACUUGGCAGUUGUAUAGAUACAUAUAUUCAAUCAUUGAUGAAAUCUGAUCCAUGGAAUUAUCAAGAAAUAUGGUUACCAAUCAAAGAUGAACCUACAGAUGAUCAUUCUGAUCAAGUUAAUAUAUUUACAUCUAGUGAUUUUAAUACGAACGAGAAUGGAUGUUUAAUAUUACUUCAAGGUUCAGGUGUCGUACGUCCAGGCCAAUGGGCACGUUCAUGUUGCAUUAAUGAUUCACUCGACAUAGGAAGUAUGUUCCCUUACAUGACUAAAGCAAAAGAACAUAAUUUAUCUGUGAUCAUUCUUAAUCCCAAUCAAACAAGUUAUGUUGAAAAAGUGUCAGUUGAUACUGAUGAUGAUACAGCUUCUGUAAACAAGAAAGAGGCCAGUGCCAAUGAAGAUACAAAUGCUAGCAAUAAAACGGAGGAUAUUGUCGUUACAAAUUCAACGUCUACUACAGAUAAAGAAAGUAAAUCUACAGAAGAAAAACUUUCAGCUACUAGUGAUGAUAAGAAUAAAAAAGACGAAAAUUCUAUUGAUGACGAUAUUAUUUCGUUUUAUCUGUCGACCAAUCCAUUGCCUCGGCAAAUAACAAAAAAGAUUCCGGAUUUAUCCACAAGCCGUGAACAUGUUCUUUAUGUUUAUGAUCAUAUUAUAACACAAUGUCCAGCAACAAAAUUCUACACUGUUGCACAUUCUGCUGGGGGUGAUGGUUUAAUGUUUUUAUUACGUAAACGUUAUGAUAAAAUUUUACCGAAACUUGCCAAAAUAGCUUUUACGGAUUCUGUUCAUUCGGUAUUACCAUUGGAAUCAAAUGAAAUAAAAAGCUUCUUAAAAUCAAACGCUAUACAUUUUAUUGCUAGCGAUGAGCCAAUGGGAGCGCCUAUCGAUUAUGUAUAUGACUUUUCUCAAGGACCAGCUUGUCAAGAAGUAUCAGCGGGACAUCCAAAACAUGAAUACACAUCAGGACACGCUGUUCAAGGAGUUUUUAAUUUUUUCUUUCCAAUUGAUAAACCAAAUGAUGAUGAUGAUAAUAUCGAUAGAACAAAAUUUUAA